UCCACGACCAACGUGAUCAGUACGUCACCAAUUCAUAUGUUGGAUAAAUACCCUCCUCCACAGCCGAAACACAAACUAACAUCCCAACUCAAUACAAGAUCUGAAAGCAACGCAACUCGCGACUGGUGUCUGUCCGAGGAGGUUUUUCAAAAGAAGAAAAGGAGAAAAGGCUUUUUUUGGGUCGUCAUUUUGAAAUUUGAAUUGGCCUACACACAAUGGUUAUCCUCGAGUUUUACUGUUGCCCCUGUGGAAGUUGUGAGAAAAUGCUGGUUGAAUUUACAAAAUUUUCUGAAGUCCAAGAAAUAAACAGAGUUGCAGAAUCAGAUAAGGUGACCAUUUCAAUCACCGGUGAUCCAUCAAGAGUUAAAACAGUUCUUAAAAAUAAAAGAAAACAAGUUUUGGAGCACUUUGAGCAAAACCCGACCAUAAACAACCACAAAAUGCAAAUUGUAUUACCACAGAAUCCAGUUUCAGGAAUUCGUGGCCAACAUAUGAUACCACCACAGCCAGUUGACAAACCGACUGUGAAGAAAUCUCAAGUUUGCUGCCCAAAGUGCAACCGUGAGCUCAAGUUGAAAAAGUCUAACAAACGGUUCACAUGCGAUGGAUGUAUGCAGGAUGGAUUUGGAUCACGAAACCGAUGCGAGGACUGCAAUUAUGACUUGCACCAGGAGUGCACGUCACCUGAACCUACCAUUUCCCCCGAGUUUUUUCGAAUAGUCAUCUUUGAAUUUUGUCGUCAACCAAAACAAAGUACAAGCAGGUCCUGUUAUGCAUGCGGAAAAAGUAUACAUGGCUAUUUUUAUCAUUGCAAAUCAAAUCAAUUGAAUCUACAUCCAUGUUGUGCCAAACUCAAAAUCAAAUUAUGUGGCAUGGAUUUUGUUCAUCAAGAUGAGGUGGUCUCAUCAUCAUCAUCAUCGUCAGAGUGUAUGUGGUGCAAGAAGCAAGCAUCAUCGAGUAGUACAAAAUCGCACGAUCCAGGUGGUUGUUCUUAUGUUUGUACAAGAACCAAGUUUCAUUUUCAUGUGUAUUGCAUUACUGAAAUGGUGCACGAAGCUUGGAAGAAAGGUGUUAUCAUUGAUGACAGUACCAAUGAUAUUUCUACGGCACUCAAAGAAAUGGAUUUGCUGUAAGAUUUAAUAAUACAU